CACCUUGAACAAGUCGUACCAACAAGCUAGUUGGCUGUCAUAUAAGUGCCUCCAAAUGCGCGCGGCAAAGCUGGCAAACUCACAUAGUAACAGAAGUAGAAGAGCAGCAAUAGAGUGAAGAAUCGAGCGAGAUGGCGAACUGCUUCGGCGAAGUGGUCGACGACGAGAGGCUGAACAAAAUGGAGAGGUACAUGGGUAAGCCAAAGUCACGCCAAGACAGAGCAAGAGAGGCCUGGAAUCAGAUCAGCAAGGACGACAAGGACGCCAACGCUACCAGGUACGUCGAAGGUCUCAAGUCCAUGUAUGGCAAUGGACAGUCCACACUGUGCCUUGUGUAUAAUGCGACGGGUGACACCCUCCGCAAAGUCGACAACCACGACUGGUAUGGUUAUAUCGGCAGCGCUCCCUACCCCGACGAGAUCGGCAAUGGCCAGUGGGCUGCCUUCCAUCACGUCCACCGGGCUGGCGAGCCGUCGGGUUCCGUAGGCGCUGUUGUGUACCGUGGGAAGAAUGGCGAAGGGGAGCAGAAGGACUAUCUUGUUGCAUGGAGUACUCCAUGGGGCAUGUGGUACCGCAACAAGGCUUAUUGCGAGAUCGGUGCCGUCAAUUGCUACCAAAAUCUUUGGGCUGGUAUGUACAAUAGAGUGGCCAAUUCUGAUUAUUCUUCGAGUGCUAGAUCCAACGGGUGCGAGAUUGAUGCAAGAAUUGAAACAGGCGAUAGCCCGAAAUUUACUGCAAAAAUCACCGUCCGCUGACCAGUCAUAUACAGCAAUUGUGUGCCAUGCGCCGGCUCUAUGGAUGGCACUUCGAUUUAGUUGGAGGAUGGCGUUUGUUUGUAUCAUUAAUUCCUGUAGUUCCGAAUAAACGGCACUGAACCUAUUUGCACAUUUUCAUCUAUUCAGUAUCAUAAUUUCAGUUUGAUUUAUUAUGGACUAGCUAAUUGUCCGUAUGUUGUAAUGGGACACAAAUAUAUACGCAAUCAUCAUUAUUUACUGUCAUUUUCUUGUUAUGUGAUUACGUAUCAAAAAUAGACUUCAACUCCCAACUGAAUCGGAUUGGCUUAAUAAACAUGAUUUAUUUAUAGUACACCAAUAAGACUUGGGGCUGUUGAGGCGAAUUUCAAGAAAGACCAGUGGAACGGGUUAUUUGAAAAAACAGAUUUGAUAGGGCGAAAUCAAAACGGGAAGUGGAGGAGGGGAUGAUGUAAGUACAGGGGGCGGAUCAAUAACCAAUCUACUGUGCGUACGAUUCUUAUAUAUGUAGGAUUUAAUACGAUUACUAAUCAAGUGGCCGGCUGCAGUCCACUUCUACGCAUGGGCGGCUAGAUAUGUCAUACAAAAAUCGGAUGCAUGGCAUCGUACACAUAGCAGCACUCGACCAAUAAUGCUAGACCUAUAAAAAAACUACAAUGUUUUUUUUUUGCGGUGUAAAAAACGACAAUGUUUAUACCUAACUUUCCACAUUAUAACUCUCUCUCUACCUCGAAUUCAACUGGUGUGGCCACUUCAUCCACCUAUUACCAAUCAUAAUCCUGCACAUCAGCUUAUUUCUGGAAAAAAAAAAUU